AUGAUGAAGGCCGCACUCCUUUUCCUCGCCACCGUCGCCGGCGUGAACUCGGCAGCCUUGGCUCCUCGUCAAAAAGAGACUCUGUGCGAGCUGUAUGCCUACUGGUCCGGCAACGGCUACGAGCUGCUCAACAACCUCUGGGGCAAAGAUGCGGCGACCUCGGGGUCGCAGUGCACCUACCUCGACGGCGCUUCCAGCGAGGGCGUGCAGUGGCACACGACCUGGACAUGGGAAGGGGGCCCCAACAACGUGAAGAGCUACCCCUAUGUCGGCCGGCAGGUCGCAAAGGGCAGGACCAUCAGCUCCAUCAGCAAGAUGCCCACUUCGGUCAAGUGGGACUACGACAACGAGAACAUUCGCGCCAAUGUCGCGUACGACGUCUUCACUGCCGAGGACCCCAACCAUGUGAACAGCAGUGGCGACUUUGAGCUUAUGAUCUGGCUGGCAAGAUAUGGCAACGUCUACCCCAUCGGAUCUUCGGUUGGUACCGUCACUGUUGCUGGCAAGACCUGGGACCUGUGGACUGGAUUCAACGGAGCCAUGAGGGUCUACAGCUUCGUGCCGCCGUCGGGGACCGUCAAGGAGUUCAGCGCCGAUGUGAAAGAGUUCUAUACGUAUCUGGAGCAGAAUUACCAGUUCCCCUCCAGCAAACAGAACGUGAUCGACUACCCGCCCUCCAUCGCCUCACACCCCGCCCUCUCACUAUCCGUCCCCUGGGAAAACCCCACACCACACCACCACCCCCGAACCAUCACGACCUCCCCCCGCUCCAGCACCCGCCCCCGCGUAGCCAUCGUAACCGGCGCCAGCGCGCGGCAUCGGGCGUGCCAUCGCCAUCCGCCUCGCACAAGACGGACUACCGCAUCACCGCCUCGGGAUCUCCCCGCCCUCCAACCCCAUCUCGACUCCCUCAUCACCGAGCUCACCUCCACCUCCAUCUCCACCACCAACACCCACACCCCACCCCAACCCCCCCACCACGCCUUCCCCGCGGACGUAACCUCCCCCGAGCAAGUUGCCGCGCUCGUGCACGCUUCGGCCACCACGCUCGGCCCGCUCGACACCAUGGUGGCCAACGCGGGCAUCGCGCAGGUGAAGCCGCUGCUGGAGCUGACGGCGGAGGAUUUCCGGCGCAUGCUGGACGUCAACGUCGCCGGGGUGCACCACUGUUUCCAGGCGGCGGCAAGGGCGAUGAUUGCGCAGCAAAAGGAGGAGCAUCAGGGUGGGGGUGGGGAUGGUGUUGGUGGGAGGGAACGGGAGGGGGAGGAGGUACGCGGGCGGCUGAUUGCGGCGGCGAGUAUUGUGGCAUUUAAGCCUCUGCGCUGUUGGGGCCUUACAGCACGAGUAAUAAGAGGCGGUGAGGGGGUUGAGUCAGGUGUAUGCGAUGGAGUUGGCGGAGCAUGGGAUUACGGUGAAUGCGUACGCGCCGGGGAUUGUGGAUACCAAGAUGUGGGAGCUGAUUGA